GCUGUUAGGUUGUCUCAUUAGGAGAAGUUGUGCAGUGUUGUUUGUUGGUCUCAUUUAGCUCUCCUUAUAUAUUAAAGUGUAGUUGUGUAAAUUUAGUACCUGUUACGCCAUGACGUCAUAGGGAGAUUAACGAGUCUUUGAGAUUGUUGAAUUUCUCCGCGGCAGAACUGAGCAGCGCUACUGCAGUAGGUAGUUUUUUUUUUUGCGUAAUUUUCACACAAACAAUUUAUACUUCUAUUUGUGUUUCUCUCAAAAGCAUUAGCCGAAGUUUCUGGGAGAAUGUCUUUGGAACAGUCGUCGGUUGUUUCACUUUUUUGCUUAGUGGAAAUCGUGCGAGUGAGAUUUUUUGUUAAUUGAGCUGUUUUGCGAAUGGAGUUAGGCGUGAACUGGCUUUUCCAAACUGCGAAAUUCCCACCAUCUGCACUGAGACGAGGGGACAUUUUAGGACACAACUGGUCUUCGUAAUAUGUAUGCACCUCAGUUGUCCCUCUGGCCUGCUGGCCUUCAGAAGCAGGUUCAAGUGAGCCAUGCUGCUGGUACGGCAGCCUGGCCACAGACACCGGAGUCGCUGGUGCAGGUCGCGUCACAAACAAACGAAGGCGUUGACCAUCGCUCUAUGCUCGGAAAGUUGAAGGUGCAGUUUGGUGUGUACAGGGGUAAGACUUUCAGCUGGCUGUUAAACAAUGACCGGGACUACAUGGUGAAGGUUCUGGCGAGCCAUGAGGUGGAGCAAGAGUGCUGCAAAAGCACCACCUUGCUCCAGAGAUACAAGGACGUCCUGCUGAGGUACGCUCGUUUAUUCCCAGAAGUGACCACUGCCAUAUCUGCCAAGAGGCGGGCAGAGACGGAGGCCGUGGGCCAACAGGUGGUUGGUUUCGGCACAUACAGUUCCCUCACCUACAGGGAGCUGUAUGAGAGCAAAGACCAAAAAAUACGCAGCUACAGGAACUUGAUUAGGAGGCUACGGGUUUGGAAUGUCAACUCUCAGUUUACUAAGCUAAAACAGUACAUCCUCAGUAUGGACAUGGACCGUACUUCUGCUCCAUCCACUUCCUGCUCACUGAUGUGCACCAUCAAUGCAGACAUCCAGUCCAACAGCACCUUAAGGAUUUUAUUGGUUUCAUCGAUGUCCCCUCAGUGCCAGGAUACCAAUCUGGGGAGCGCCACGGUUCCUUACGCAUCCAGCACCACUCCUGGUCCUCCAUCACAUCCCACAGCUCAGAUGUUCCCGUUGGAGUCCUUCAGGAUUAGCCUUCCUCCGGAGCAGAGAGAGUGGCUCAGCACGGUCCUGUUCUCCAUGGGUGCAACAGGAAAGUGUGUUCUCUCUGAACAACUGCAGCUGUGGUACAACCCGCCUGGUCCAUCCCUUACCUACAGCCAACGUCCCACCUCGCCCAAUGACUUCUUUCAGCGCCGUUUCUUCCUGUGGGCUCCAGUCAGGAUGUGGCAGUACAGGCUCAAGUGUCCAAGCUGCUCACACAAUCUGACGAGCUGCAGCCUGUAUAAGACUGUUCACAGAGUUCUGGACCUGGACGACUGGUAUUACAUGGGGACAGAGUACCUGGAGUGCAUGUUUUGUGGGAAGAAGCUGGCCGCCUGGUGCAGGAGUGUAAGAGAGCAGCUGGAGUUGGGCCACCAGAUUCUCUUCCCUGCCGUGUUGACAUACAGGUUGUGGUGCGACAAAAGGGUUCUCAGUCAGAUGAACGGGCCGUCGCCAUGGAGAAGAGCUAAGCAGSUGUGUUCCUUCCUGGAAAAGAGCCACAGAGAGGACUGGACAGCUAGGUGCCUGCUUUACCUUCAKACUUGCCUUCAGUUUGAUUCACCUGGAGCACGUUUGCCUCCUCCUCCCGACCCGCCCAACAUGCAGCCUGUUCCCACUACUGGCCACCUGCUGUCUGCCUAUGCCAGAGACGCCUUCAACCGGAUGGAGGAGCUUCAGGCUGGUGUGACGUCCRUCUUUGGCUCUGUUCUAAAAAUAAAGUCCACAAAGGUCACAAAGAAGCUGGCUGGAUCARAUUCUGGAAUGUCCCAGUGGAUGACCAGUGUGGGGAACGAGUUGGGCCAGGUUCUGAUCUGCGUCYUGACUGMGGCGGAGGGCAGCGGGAUGCAGGACAUGGCCAGAGGCCUACAGAACCGCUACAGCCAGACUGGCCACAGUCCUCCUGAGGUCCUCUAUGURGACCGGGGAUGCUGCUGGGAGGAGAGAGAAGCCGCUGCUGGUCUKUUCUCCUCGUGGCCACAACUGCAGGUYAGACUGGAUCCAUGGCAUUUUAUYCGCAGAUUGGCGUCUGGAGUCACUACAGAGAGCCACCCGCUCUACACAGACUUCAUGAGGCAGAUCUCUGCCUCCAUCUUUAUGUGGGAGCARGAGGAAGUGUCCUGCUUGAAGACAGCAAAGCAGGCGGAGCGGUCCAGGUGGAGCUCUGUGUUCACCACCAAGGAAAUGGCUCUGCACUGUCGGCGUUGCACCCGUGGGGCAGAGGAGACCCUCCGUCUCCUCACUGAGACCAUUGAGGCCUUCAUGGGAGUGACGGACAGCAUGAACAACCCCCUGCUGGACAAGGAGCGUAUGGAGAACAUCUGGAGAUUGGAAAAGAAGCACGUGGCCUGCCUCCAGGAUCCUCCAGGUGUUCAGCUGUACUCAAGGAUCGGACAGAUUACCAAAGGAGGGGUGGACCUCCCCAUCUAUGGCUGCAUCCGGGGCUGCAAGUCGCUCGAGUCAUUCCAYGUACACUUGAACAMAUUCAUUCCAGACACUUCUGCCAAUGACUGUCAUUUUCAGAUGUACCUGUUGCAGGCGCUAACGCGCUGGAACCAGGACCAGGCUUGGGUGGCACCAGGUGAAGGGAGUACGAUGGGUGAGAGCUCUACAGAGCUGAAGAAGCAGAAACUCAACCAACUGAGACAGCAUUUGCUGGGAGAAACACUGCCUGAGACGACCAAACCACUGGUGUAUACAGGGGAACUCAUCGGGAUAAACUAUCUGCAUGCUCAGACAGGUCGUAAGCUGCGAGUGUUUGCUGAUGAUCCAGAGCAGCCAGACGGGUCAGAGAUUAAGUUGGUGGAUGAAGUCAUGUCUGAGGAAGACAGGCUUCAGGAUGUUUUACUUGAGGAUGUGGACGAGGGCUUUGAUGAGGUGACAGAGGCCUGCUUGAACACUUCAUUUCAGAAGACCAGUGCACCUCAAAAGCCACCUCUGUCUGAUUCGUACUUCAAGGAUUCUUACUUCGAGCUUGUCCAGGAUGCUGCUAGUGAAGAGGGGGAGACUGUGGGUCCAGACGGAGCCCCUGGGUACCAACAUGUGGUCCGACUGGCUCGCAAGCUCGUGGACCUCGAAAUAAAGGGCAACCUCUGUGAUGAAGAAGUUGAACAUAUCCUACAUCUCUGGCAAAACCUCUCGGAGAAAGAUAAGCAACCCUCCCGCAAUAAAGCUGUCCCGUCUACAGGCUCCACUUCCAGCCGCACCACAAGGACAGAAAGCAUUUCCUCCUUGUCGCCUGACGCCAGCCGCCUGGUAGAGACCAUCUUCAGGGAGCUGUCCACCCUGUACGGAAGUGACAAGAGGAUCAUGGGUGUGGUGAUAAACCGGUGGUCCCUGGUUUUGCGUCACUAUAAUGCCAUCAGAAACAUGGUAGUUAACCAUCCAGUUCUCCAAACCAAGACCACCCUCAAUCUGUUUGCAAUCAACCAAGCGGCCAUUUCUCAAUGGCACAAGAGGUUGAUGGCUAGAGAGGAUAUAUCUACCCCUUCGUUAACAUCAGUGGAGUCCUUCACAGUCGCCCAGGAGCCCCAGCUUGACCCCGGCUCUUCCUCUGUUGUUUGGAACCUACUGGCGACUACAGGAGAGCCUAAAGAGGCACUGUCACAAACCUCUUCUGCCCCUGCUCCUUCCACCAGCACCUCCAUGGUUGGGGCUGCUGUUCUUCCUGCGUUAAUUAACAUCUCCACACGUACCCCGACGCCCAUAGCCCCAAAACGGAAAAUGGAUCAGCAGCAGGUUGAAGUUCCACUGACAACUAGGUGUAUUCCUAAACAGAGAGAUGUCUGCUUCAGAUUUUGCACGAGCUGUGGGAAGCGGAAAAUUUGGGAUACAGGUCACAGAGUUCUGAGAGCUGCCAAUGGGAAGAGGCUGAGCUAUUGUCCUGUGGCAGCCAACGGAAAGGGCCCAGAGGAGUGGCUGGCCUCUCUGUAAAGAGCUUCACUUGUGUUGAGCUUGUUGACACUUUUGAUAUUUUAGUGUAAUACAGUACUGUUGACACACAUUUGCCUCGGAAUCUAUAGAAACUGCCAACUUGGGGCGGGGGGGUAAAAACAGCUCAAACAACUUCACAGAGUAACACUGCGGACACUUGACACCUUCCCUUUUCCUGCAACAGCCCACUUGUUCAAUGGCUGACAGUCAAACAUGCUGCUGCUACGUUGAAACCUCAGUACAAGACAACCAUCUCCAGAAAAAUAUAUUUUUAGUUGAAUAGGUAAAAUGUGAUAAUGAUCUUUUGAGCCAUUUUGAAACAGGAAAAACUGAAGGACGGUUGCUGAUUCUUUUAGCUAACUGAUUAGCACUACAAACUUGUCGUCUGAGGUCUUAAAAAAGGUCAAGUCAGUAAGGUUACCAUAACUACUAACUCUGGUUUAUCACCAAAAUUUCCAGACAUGCAGAACCUCAGUAAACUGCUCCUGAUUACAUCUGCAUAGAACAGAUUCUUGUUUACACUGUUAAAGAAAUAUUGCCUGACAAUAUCAAGAACAUUUGUAAUUGUAGUACUGUUACUAAAAACUUUGAUAAUGAC